AUGGCGGCGGCCAGGGGGUGGCGGCUGGUGCCCCGCGGCCCGCGGCGGUCACUGCACGCCGAGGCCGCCGUCGGGACUGCAGGUGUCACCGGCGCCGAUGUCGCGGCGGCGCCUGUCGCGCGCUACCCGCCGAUUGUGGCCUCCCUGACGGCCAAAAGCAAGGCGGCACGGCAGCGGCGAGUGGAGCGGUGGCACGCGGCGGUGCACGCGGCGCCGUCCGUGGACGAGAAGAUCCGCCUCCUCACCAAGAUGCAGUUCAUGAAGUACGUGGUGUACCCGCAGACCUUCUCGCUGAACGCGGACCGCUGGUACCAGGGCUUCACCAAGACCGUGUUCCUGUCGGGCCUGCCGCCCCCCUCCGACCCCGCGCCCGCGCCGGGCCUGGCGACCCAGCCCUCCGACCCCGCGCCCGCCCCGGACCUCGAGCCCCUGCGCGCCGCCGCGUGCGACUGCCUCCUGCAGGAGCACUUCUACCUGCGGCGCAAGGGGCGCGCGCCCCUCUACCAGGAGCGGGAGGCCCUCGCCUCGCCUUUCCUGGACCAGCUGGUGGCCUCCCUCGUGGGCCUGCUCAGCGCGCACAACCCGGUGCUGGCCGCCGCUGCCCUCGAUCGUAGACGCCCGGUUCACUUUUACUGGUUGCGUGGUGAAGAAGUUAUUCUUCAUGGUCAUCGGAAAGGUCGAGUUGAUGCUUUGAGAUACCAAAUAAAUGAUAAACCACACAACCAGAUUCGAAUAGCGAAACAACUCCCAGAGUUUGUGCCGCUGGAUUAUUCUGUACCUAUAGAAAUCCCUGUUCCGAAUUGUAAGCCAGACAAACUUCCGUUAUUCAAACGACAAUAUGAAAAUAACAUAUUUAUUGGCUCAAAGACAGCAGAUCUGUACUGUUAUGGUCACACCCAGUUUCACCUGUUGCCAGACAAACUGAAAAGGGAAAGGUUAUUGAAACAAAACCGUGCUGAUCAGAUCGAGGUUGUUUGUAGAGCUAAUGCUAUUGCAAGCCUGUUUGCUUGGACUGGAGCACAGGCUAUGUAUCAAGGGUUCUGGAGCGGAGCAGAUGUUACUCGACCUUUCGUCUCCCAGGCCGUGAUCACAGAUGGACAGUACUUUUCCUUCUUCUGCUACCAGUUGAAUACUUUGGCGCUGACUGUGCAAGCCGACCGAGAGAACGCGCGCAGAAAUGUAUGCUGGGGGACACCGAGUCAGCCUCUCUAUGAAGCCGUCGAAGGCAGCGGCGUGAAGGGCUUUAACGACGAGGUGCUGCUGCAGCUUGUUCGCUUUCUCCUGAACAGACCGGAAGAAGGCAGGUCCCCCGGCUGCAUAGCUGAAGAAGCCUGUGACUCGGGACUUCGGGAACCUUCAUUUUUACCGAAGCAGCGAUAAAAGAAUUUUAAUGAUGAGAUUUGUGACUGCCACAUAUUAAAUGCACUGAUUUUGAGAUAAAUGUUUCUGAUGUUAACCUUUGAUUAGACUUUUCAUUCUGUUCAAAAUACAUGCUAAUAGAUUUAAUUUGAGAGAACAGUAUGUUGAUGUAAAAGUAAUUUUAUCUGCAUAUGACUAACUGAUGAGAUUGAACUAUGUUCAUUCAAUGCCUUGCAUUGCAGGUGAUUUUAAAGGAAAAAUAAGAAUUCAAGUGCUUGCAAAUACAUAGAUGUUUUAUUCUUAAUUUUUGUUUAAUGUUUUUGUUAACAUGAUAAUAGAAUUUUCAGGGUCCUGUUCAAACUCCUUUGAAACAUAAACAGUAUUUUGCAAAUAUAGGAAUCAGCCCCAGGGACUUAAAUGACUUCCAGAACUAACAGGUGACUGUAGCAUGACCGUGAGGUGUAUGCACUUGAGCGCUUAGUGUCGCAGUGGUCACGUGUUUCAGGUCGUGGUUUUGCCCUAAGAUUAGAAAACUAGGUUUGUUGUGUUUCCAAAUCAGUUGUCAGUUGGUGAAGUUGUUAAUCUUUCUGAGAAUUAAGGUUAAUUCAAACCAUUUUUAGUGAGCAAAAAAAAAUGACCUUUAUAUAAUCAUGCUUACCCUCCUCACUCUAUAUUACCUCCUAUUGUGAAUAUUUCAAAUACCCCAUUGCCUACUGUAGUCAUGUGACAAUUAAGUGGUUUUUCUUCCUUCAUUCUCUUUCAAGGCAGACGUCAUGGUUAUACUGAUGGCUGCCUCAGCUAGAAGCCUAGGGACAGUUGUCACAAGUGACUGCUAGCCUGAAGGGACAGCCUGUGUGAGUGUUGCCGUCCAGGGU